GCCAACUUGAAGGCGACGCAUCAAUGGCCACACAUUGAGAUUGGCAGUGGCGCAGGAUAACUGGCAGCAGGACGAAGUGGAGCUGUGGAAAUGUUCGCCACUUGCGGCGACACAUGCUCUGACAAUUUAUUAACCCCGCACAGCACCCACUAGGCCAUCCUCAACCCUUCAUCCGCCAUGGGUCACUCUGCACCCCCAGCACCACCGCCACUGCCCCUGUGGCUCCUGUUCCUGGCCAUUUCCACUUGGCGGACGCCCUCCGUCAGCGGCUAUCUGAACAUUUUCAUCAGCCACCACGAGGUGAUGAAACUGAUGGGACUCGAGGCGGACCUGUUCUAUGUGCACGAGGGAGCCAUCAACACAUACGCGAUGCACUUCACCGUCCCAGUGCCCGCGGACAUCCACGAGCUGGAGUUCUCCUGGCAGAGUCUCAUCGCCUACCCGCUGCCAUACUCCAUCAGCAUCGAGUACAACACCGAGCAGGAGGCCCUGGGCACGCCCACGCUGAGCAUCCCGCACAAGGGCCUGGUGCCGCAGGAGAUCGAGUCCUUCCUGGUGUACCUGCCAUGCACGGGCAACGCCACCCUCCAGCUGCCCGUCAACGUCAACAUGGUAGUGCGAGGACCUCCCCGCUUCAACGACACCCGGCUUCACUUCAAGCGCAACAAGAUCUGUGCGAAAGGCAUCUCACCUGAACCCAAUCAGUCGCCCGCCCCAGCUCACGCCCCCUCCCAGGGCCCCGCCCUCCUGAGUGCCGCCGCCUGUGCCCUGGGACUGGUUUUGGCCGUCGGACUGGUGGCCAGCAUGAUGUAUGUGAAGGCGCGUAAGCAGCUCCGCCAGGACUCUCUCCACACCAGCUUCACCACCGCGGCCUACGGCAGCCACCAGAACGUGUUCAUCCGCCUGGACCCGCUCGGAAGGCCACCGAGUGCCACUGGAUCCUACGCCACCAUCGCCAGCCUCAACAAAUACCCGGCGGAGAGCAAGAAGUCGUGCAGCAUAUUCGACCGUUUCAGGAGCUCACCCACGCCCACACCCUAUGCCACCGCCCUGCUGCCCAUGAACCACGACCAGGCCGUCGAGACGAUUUACUCGAAACCAGAGUCGAUCUGUCCCUCGAGGAUUUCCUACUACGCCUCCUCGCAACUGACCCAGGCCUGCAGCCUUUCGACUCCCAAAAGCAGUCGUGGCAACGGCAAUGCCACUAUUGGCAGUGGCUCUUUAAGCCUAUUUGGCGGCAUCACUGGCAGCACCAUCACCGUCGGCAGCCACGGGGAGAAGACCAAGGAGCGCCUCCGACGAAUCACCAGUGUCCAGCCAGGAGCUCUCAGCUACGAGGAACUGGUCAAGGAGGGGACCUUCGGCCGCAUCUAUGCCGGCAAGCUGGGCGAGUCCUGUGAUGCCCUGGUUAAGACAGUGGUCGAUGGGGCAUCGCUCACCCAAGUGGCUUGCCUGCUGCAGGAUGCCUCGCUCCUGAUUGGGGUUAGCCACCAGCAUAUCCUGGCGCCACUUUUGGCCAACACAGAACUGCCAGGACCGCCGGAAAUUGCUUACCCCUAUCCGUCCAAGGGAAAUUUAAAAAUUUAUCUCCAAAAAUCGCGGGAAUCUAGCACCGCCCUGAGCACCAGGCAGUUGGUUGAGUUUGGCCUCCACAUCACCAAGGGAUUGGCCUAUCUGCACUCCCUGGGAAUCGUUCACAAGGACAUUGCCACACGCAAUUGCUACCUGGACGAGGAGGCAUAUGUGAAGAUCUGCGAUGGAGCCCUGUCCCGGGACCUAUUCCCGGACGAUUACGACUGCUUGGGGGACAACGAGAACCGGCCACUGAAGUGGCUCUCCCUGGAAUCGCUGCAGAAGCGGGUCUACGCCACCCAGGGGGAUGUGUGGGCGCUGGGGGUGACCUAUUGGGAGCUGGUUACUCUGGCGCAGAUGCCCCACGAGGAAGUAGACAUAUUCGAGCUUACUAAUUACUUGGCUGCUGGCUUCCGGCUAGAGCAGCCAGUCAAUUGUCCGGAUGAAUUCUUUACCGUUAUGAAUUGCUGCUGGCACAGUGAAGCCAAACAAAGACCGACGCCCUCGCAAUUGCUUUCGUAUCUGCAGGACUUUCAUGCGGAUCUGGGGAUGUAUAUCUAAGUGAGAGAGGGCCUGGACUGACGAUGCGAGGAUAUGCGAGGAGAAGCCUAAGAUAAAUUAAUUGAAACUUUUGCAUUUUAAAUGUGAGAUUAAAUGUGAAUUUACCUGUUAGAGUUCAGCGCAAAAAGCUAAUUGAAAUGAAAGCCAUCUAACUUCAGAUACGUAAGAAAAACACACAGAUACAAAAUGCACACACACACGCACAAAAACUGCCACUAAAAAUAAACGAGAUGUAAAUACAUAAAUAAUGAAAGCAAAGGUCACAGUGCGUAUGAUUGAUGCGUAUGAGUGAUAUGCACAACAAUUCGACUUGAGUGGUUGAGGUCCACCCCACCACACCGCAACCACUCCAAAACCCCAAACCAUAACUACGGCUGGUAGUUAUCAAUUUUCAACCCGAUGAUGUGACACAGAUGGGUUCAAUUUACGAUAAAACUGAGCAUUUAAGUAGCUAGCAAUUGAAUAACAGACACAGUCAAGGAUAUGCCACACAGAUACACAAACACUUACACCAAUACUCACACCUAGGACGACACAAACACAACCAUACAUGAUAAAUGAAUGUAAAAUUAUUGAUGUGCAUAUUUUAUUGAAUGUGUGUAUUGUGUAAGCAAACGAGGCAGGACGAAGGAGCCCAGGAUUGAAAUUGCCUGGAAAUAGUAGAGAAGUAGUAGAGGAGAGGCGGGGUAAAAGGCGACAACAGGAUGCAGAAUCUUUUGUUCUCGAAUGUUGUCCUCGAUUGUUACGAAAGCGAUAUAUUUAUUUACCUUGAUUAUUAUUAUUAUUAUUGUAACUAUUGCGUAUUGAGAUAAGGGAGGAAGUUCAAAACAGAAUCUGAAUCAGGUGAAAACGAAAACAAACAACAAAAAAAUAUAAAGCAGCAAAUGUUAAAUGGAUAAACACUCUUUAGAAACACUUACAAAACAUUCACAAACACUUAGAGUCCCCAGUGUAGUCCUGCUAAAUCAUUCCGUUGCUCAAUUAUAGCCAUUUCUCAUCAAAUAUGCAACAGCAUUGCUACUACCUGGCUAGGUGGCUUUUCUCCCAGUGUAUAGACACUUAUCUAUGUAGCUGUCACUUAAGCCUCCUAAAAUCUGAACUCAAGUCCCCAGCCCAAGAUAUUCUUGUUAUUUGUUUGUGUUCUUUAGUUGAAUUAGUCAAAGAAUUGUUCUGUUUUUGUUCAUGCCCUCCG